CUUAUUGGCAUUCUCUUGUUCCCUUGUUCAUCCAUUUUAUGUGAACCAAACAAUUCACAAAGCAUUUCCCGUUCUUCAUCUUCUACCUUUCGCCAGUUCGGGAACCCCAAAACCCUAGAUCGAGCGCUGCCACCACCGUUUAGUUAUUCUCGGUGGUGGAAAUUUCAGUUCUCCGUUUCUGAAAUUGGAAUUUCUGCAUUUUAUUUUCUCGCUCUGAUUUCGAUCGCAGUUUUUAGGGUUUAUUUGUCUCUCAUUUGGGGUUUGGAAAUGGGAACCAGAAAGGAAGAAGAGAAGAACGAGAAAAUUAUCAGGGGUCUCAUGAAGCUUCCGCCGAAUCGAAGGUGUAUCAACUGCAAUAGCUUGGGACCACAAUAUGUAUGUACAAAUUUUUGGACUUUCAUUUGCAUGACAUGCAGUGGAAUACAUCGUGAGUUUACUCAUCGUGUGAAGUCUGUGUCAAUGGCGAAGUUCACUUCACAAGAAGUUGAUGCUCUUCAAAAUGGUGGUAACCAGCGUGCAAGGGAAAUACAUUUGAAAAAUUGGGAUUUCCAAAGGCAGCGGUUGCCAGAUAACAGCAAUGUUGAUAAAAUAAGGGAAUUUAUAAAGAGUGUAUACGUUGAUGGAAGAUAUGCUGGAGUGAAGUCUUCAGAAAAGCCUCCAAGAGAUGCACAGAGCCCUGGAAUUCAUGAAGAUGAGAUUAGGCGUGCCAGUUCUUAUCAUUCAUAUUCUCAAAGUCCUCCAUAUGAUUAUCAAUAUGAAGAUCGACGGUAUGGAAAACAGGCAGCUUCACUGACCAGAAAGCCUGGUUCAGAUAAAGUUCGCUAUGAAGGGAAGAUUUCUAAUGUUAUCUACAGUCCUGGCCGCCUCAGUGAUCAUGCAUAUGAUGACAGAUUUGCAAAUGAGGGAUCUGGUCCAAGAAUUUCUGACUUUUCUGUGUCUAGUGGUCGAGAACAAUUCAAAUCUGAUGUUCAAUCUCCCAAUUUUCAUAAGGAUGUCAAGAUUAGCAGUCCAUCCUAUCAGUGGCGAUCUGGUUCCAGUUCAAGUGAAGAUUUGUGGUCCCAAACAAGAAAUGCAUCUCUGGAAACUAAUGUCAAUGCCAAAAAAGAUUCAGAUGGAAUUCAUCCUCUGCAGAGAACUGCAUCAGCACAAUCGACAGACAACAAAUUUUCAUCCUUGAGAUCUUAUAAUUCUGGUAGUUUAGUUGAUUUUUUCUCAGAAGCAGUCCAAGCUUCAGAACCACUUCAGAACAAAGCAUUUGGCAUUCCACGACCACCUGGUUCUACAAGAUCUGCUAGCAUGGACCUCUCCAAGGCACCACUGGGUUCAGCUUCAUCCAUUGAUCUUUUUCAGUUACCAGCAGCACCAUCUCAAGCUCCAACAGUGGAUCUGUUUCAGUCAUCUGUUUCAUCUGCAGCUCCAUCUUUCAAUGAGAAUCAACUUGCUGAAACAUCCGAACUUGCAUCUGUUGACUUUUUUGGGAAUCUUACUCAGCUGCCUGCUACUGUAUCCUCAGAUGAGAAGUCACCGGAGUUAUCUGUCCCUAAAAAUGAAGGAUGGGCAACUUUUGAUAUGCCUCAGAGCACCUCAUCUGCCCAAGUGGAAAUUCCAGCCACUGUACCCUCAAGUGCUAAAUCUUUACAAGAAAUAUUUGAUCCAUUUUCAACCUCAAAUGCAAACAUGCAAUGGCCGUCUUUUGAAAUAUCUAGUGUCAGUGUACCUUCUUCAGUGACAUCUAAUUUAUGGCAUGAUGGUGUGUGGAAUGGAGAAGAACAAGUUUCUGUCGUGGAAGCAAACACACAAGUACAAGAAAGUUUGCCAUGGAAUGCAUUUGAGGAUUCUGGUGGCCGUCAUCAUGUUGAUGCCCUUGGUCAAGGAUUACAAUUGCACAAUUUUCCAUCAACUAAUAAUCAAAUUUUAGGUUUAAGAGAAUCUGAGGGACUCAAUAAGGAUGGAGUUCAAGGCAUUGCCCCUAUUGAUGCAUUUGAUAAUCAUGACAUAACAUCACAUGGAGAUAUUCAACUUAAUGGAGUGAAAUGUAAAUCGACUAAUCCAUUUGAUUAUCCCUAUGAAUCUGAUGUAGAUCACAACAAUAUGUUUCUUGAUAUGAGCUCUUUGCAAGCUGCACUGCCAGAUGCCCUGUUUCCAGCCAACUUCCAUGGUGGUAUAGCUGAAUCUUGGCUUCCUCAAAACACGGUGACCCCAUAUAUUUCCUCUACUGGAGAAGGUGGUUUAUCAUUCAUGGCUGCUCAAUCACCAAGUCCUCAAAUACAGAACAUCCAGACACCGGAACCAGUUGCUUCAGUUGGGGGAAAUCCUUUUGCAUAGGAUUAUGCUGUAUAAUGAACUGUUCCUUUCAUAUAGAUAUUUAUUGGUAGCCAGUGUAGUAGUUGUGCGUGGAAGUAAUUUAUUUUAAUGCUUAGAGCAAAAUGUAGUUCAUCACUUCCACUCGAGGACCACCUUGCAAUUUAGUUCCCCAUAUAUUCAGCCAGAUCAUGUGCUUGCGGUACUGUAAUUGAGUGACACUAUAGUUAGAUUUUUUGAUGUUUAAUCGGUGAUCUGGCUGGUGUUGAACUUCACCAAGUGAGAGACUAUUGAAGGUAUUCCACUUUGUUUAUAAUUAUAAUUAUAAUAUAAUUGUAAUUAUAUCAGAGCAUCUGAUUUGGGGACGCGCAUCCAAUAUAAUAUAUAAUGGGGGUUACAUGA